AUGAGUCGGUGUCGCGAUUCGGACAGCCGCCGCGAGCCGCUGAGCUCCGAAGUCCGGCGAGUCCGCGCGCGGCUCGCUGGCGGCGCGCCGGAGACGAGGUUCGCCACGACGAGGGCGCCUCGACCCAGACGCGACAACACGGCGGCGGGUGGGGCGUCAGGCAGGCGCAGACCACGCGCGCUGCAAGUUCUGCAGUUUCAAGUCGACAACCUGAGCGGGCGACACAGGCCGCGUCGUCGGACGCGAUGUUGUCGCGCCUGUUGCCGGCCGUGCCGCGGGCCGCGGCGGCCUUGGCCGUCGCAACGGGCGCCGACCGGUUCGCCGCCUGCGAGCCGCUCGAGCUCGCGCAGCCGACGCACCGCAACAGCACGCGCGCGCCGGCGUGGACGGCGGGCACGGGCGAGCUCGGCCCGGCGCGCGUGCACCGCAUCGUCAUCACGGGCGGCCCGUGCGCGGGCAAGACGACGGCGAUGAGCAAAUUGUCGCUCCGUUUGACGAACAUGGGCUUCGACGUCUUCGUCGUGCCGGAGCUCGCGACGCUGACGAUCACGGGCGGCGCGUCGCCGGGGAGCUACGACGUGGCCCAGCACGUGGGCUGGGAGACGGCGAUCCUCCGCGAGCAGAUGCACCUCGAGGACUGCUUCGAAGAGAUCGCGGCCAAAGUGUCGCUGCCGCUCGGCCGCCACGCGGUGCUGCUCUGCGACCGGGGCACCAUGGACGUGCUCGCCUACGUCGGCAAGGACGCCUUCGACGAGGUCUGCGAGGAGAACGGCUGGACCGUGCCGCAGCUGAGGGACCAGCGCUACGAGGCCGUCGUCCAUCUGGUGACCGCGGCCGUCGGCGCCGAGGCCUUCUACACCCUGGAGAACAACAAGGCGCGCUCCGAGUCGCGGGACGAGGCCGUCGCGCUCGACGGCAAGCUGUCGCGCGCGUGGGUCGG